GUUCCAAACUGUUUUGAACCCGUACUUCACCGUCACGAUCUCGUUCCUCAAAAACAAUACACACUUCUAAUCUGCGACCUACUACAACGAUCCAGGAUGCUAAUAUAUAGCUCAAAAUACUCUCACGGUUGUGAACAAUUUGUGUAGAGGUACUCGUCGUCUUUGCGUGCCAUCAGACUGUCAAUGGACAUGCCUUCCGUGAACGAUUGCCUUCAGAACUGUCUCAAGCUUGAAGGCACUUCACGAUUUUACUUAAGGCGCUCCUUGAAGUGAACAGAGACCUGCUCUUUCAUGUUGAAGGCCAGGAUACGCGUAUUCUGGUUCUGUUCUUUCCGAUGUCGUAAGGAUUUUGAUUUCAUCACUGCGCAGUUUGAGGAAAUGUAGGAGUCGGAAGAGUUCCUCCGCCCUUGAACAUCCCCGCGCCACCGUAUGAACACCUUUCCUAUUGCACGUAGGAAUUCUACCAUCCAAGCACGUCCAUCGACGCUUUUUUCAGCCGAACCUCCCUCGAAUGUUAAACCGGGUCACCUGCAAGAAGCUUAUCGUAUCGACAAGGUUAUUUCAGGUCCUUGGUGCAGCUUGAUGGUUAUCCUCUCCAAAGCUUGGAAGCUUCUCCGUGAUGGAAGGCAGAUUUUGAUGCCCUUAGCAUGCGCCUAUUGCUUAUCUAACCCAUUUGCUCUUUGUGUGACAUGGGAAGAACUUUAGCAUCAGUAUCGUCAAAAGGAUCUUCAGCAAGGACUUUGUGGGAGGUGCUCACGACUGUUGCGAUCAACCCGAGCAACGGCAAAUGCAGGACUUUACCUAUUUUGUCACUCAAUAACCAGUACUCACGCAAUUUUCAUCUCUCGUGGUUGGGUUUCUGGGUCGCUUUUUUAUCCUGGUUCGCAUUCUCCCCCCUCAUACCGGAAGCGGUGAAAUCCGACUUGGAGUUAACUAGCCAGCAAAUCGGGAAUUCCAACAUCAUCUCGUUGUGCGCCACCCUUGGUGUGCGGUUGAUCGUAGGACCGCUGGUUGACAGAUAUGGCCCUCGAAAGGUCAUGGCUGGGUUACUGGCUAUUGGUGCUAUUCCAUCAGGACUUGCGGGAACCGUGAAGUCGGUGCAAGGGCUCUAUCUCAUCCGAUUCUUCAUAGGUGUCCUCGGAGGGACAUUUGUGCCUUGCCAGGCAUGGACGACUGCAUUCUUCGACAACAACGUAGUUGGAACCGCGAACGCUCUGGUCGGAGGCUGGGGCAACUCUGGUGGAGGCUUCACGUUCAUCAUAAUGGUUGCUCUUUAUGACCGUUUAGUGAAGGAUGGACUAUCUUCACAUACAGCUUGGAGAGUUGCCUUCGCCAUUGUCCCAGUGCCCGUUCUGUUGUCUGUCUCAGUUGCAACUCUGGUAUUUGGUACUGACCGUCCACGCGAGAAAUUGGAAAACCACUCCAAGGCCUCUGACUCGAUCACUCACAGCAUCUCACACGACGUGGAAGAUCGUGCCGAUGGUGAGCGUUCAGAAGUGAAACGAGCCCCGAGGUUGUCAAAUGAUGAGAAGAAUAAUGUUGAUCAUCUCAUAGCUACGGUGCCCAAUUACGAAGUUCCCGAUAACACGACGCGACACUUAAAAAGAACAGGUCUUCAUGUAUUGGUGAAACCCUCAACGUGGCUGCCUAGCUUGGCGUACCUGACUACCUUCGGAUACGAACUGGCAAUCGAUGCGAAUCUAGCCAAUGUUCUUUUCGGUCUGUAUCAGUCCAAUACGUUCGGACAGACAAAAGCUGGAUAUAUUGCGAGUGUGUUUGGCCUUCUGAACUUGUUCACUCGACCGCUAGGUGGUUACUUCGGUGACUUAGUUUUCAGGAAAUACCGGGUUGUUGGAAAGAAGUACUGGAUGUUGGCCUGCGGAAUGAUGCAAGGUGUAUUUUCCGUAGCUUUGGGCGUUUACAUUGACCAGAAAGCGAACCCGUCGCUGCCGGCGGUGGUGGUCUUAUUCACAUUGACGGCUGUGGUGAAUGGAGCUGCGAACGGAGCAAAUUUUGCCCUCGUUCCUCAUUGUAACCCUGAGAUUAAUGGCUUUAUGAGCGGUCUGGUCGGAGCAAUGGGAAACCUUGGCGGUGUCGUCUUCGCUCUUGUCUUCCGCUUCCAACCUAGGCCGUUCGGCAAGGCCUUCUGGCUCUCAGGCAUUAUUGCAGCAGGCGUGAACGUUCUUUUAGCUUUGAUACCUGUUCCUGAGAUAGCGACGUAAUGCUAGGAAAUUCCUUCAUCACAUGUACCGUUGUGAUAAGCAGCACCUUUCGUGAGAUAACAAUGAUAAAUCAGAGGUGGAUCUGAAGAGGACUGUUGAACCUUCA